ACCAGUCACUUAUAAAUAAAUCCCCGUAAUGUGACACUGUAUAAACCCAAAAAUAUUACACAGGACCAAAGUUUCUGUGUGUGUGUCGUCGGUAGGGUUGCCCUCCUUGUCCUGCCGCCGCCACGACAGCACGCACCGCCGCUAUGAGAGGAAGAGGUCGUGGUCGUAACUGGCGUUCUGCACCUGCCCCACCAGUCCAGGAGCCAGACAACCAGGUGGAGUCCUUCCCUGCCCCCGCACUGAACGAAUCCUCCAACUUAGACUACUACCAGCAGGACGUGGCCGGCUCAGACAUGGCCAACGAGGACCUGAACAGUGGUCAUGAUAUGGAUGUCAAAAUGGAGGGUGGAGAGGGUCAGGCGAUGGUGUCUGACAGCGAUGCCUCCAUGCAGGAAGGCGAACACCAGCAGACCGAGACACGCAAGCGGCCCUGGGAGAAGCCUGGAGGUAGGACCAAUGGCAUCAAGGUCAAGAGAAAGAAGGUGCCAGGAGCUAAGAACCUCAAGAUCCGGAGGUAUGUGCAGCCCAAGAAUGCUGUCAUGUGCCUCAACGAGCUGCGGCCCGGCGUCACCUACACCACGGAGCAGGAGGGAGGCGUUGGCCAGCCGUUUUGCAUAUCUGUCGAGGUACCUGGUGCGAUUGACGGACAGAAGUACCGAGGGUUUGGGUCGUCAAAGCAGUUAGCUAAGCAGGCAGCUGCAGAGGCUGCACUCAUCAGUUUUGUAAAGCCGCCAGUAACCACCACCGAGAGUCAAGAGGAGGACAAGACCCCUUGGGCCACACUUGCAUCCUUUGCUAUCUACAAGUUGUUCAAUGACUGGCGUGAGGGCAGAGUAGGCAUGUGUCCCCCUCCAUCACAGCCCUAUGGAGCUGCCAUUCCCCCUGGUGUCAAAGCUUUCUUGAGCCAGCCUCUUGGGGCUGCUGCAGCUGCUGCCGCCAAGGAAGACUCACCCCAGGCCGCUGCAUUCACUGAGGCCAUCUGUGCUCACUUGGGUGGCCGUGCCCCCAACACCCCUGCAGCUGACCCUAAGUCAACCGAGCCACUGAAUGCAGAAUCAAAAUUUCCAUUCCAGUCUACUGAACCAGUGAAAGUUCCCAAUCCAGCCAAGCAGAUUCCAGAAAGUGCAGCAGCCAUGCACCCAGUAAUGGUGCUGCACCAGAUGAAGCCUGGCCUGCAGUAUAACAUAACCCAGACCACACGUGAAAGCAAGCCAUUCUUCACUGUCACCUCUGACAUUGAUGGCAAGGAGUUCUCUGGCGAGGGAUCAAAUGUCAAGAAAGCCAAGUUCUUCCUAGCCAAGGCAGCAAUUCUGGGAUUAUAUGGUGUUGAAUCCACCUUUGAGGUCCCAGCCUAAUUAAGAGCUUGAUUUGAGACAUGGAUUGUGACCUUGUCAGAGUGGUAACAAGCACAUGUGGAUCUUGUGAAUGAUAAUGUAGUAGGUAGGCAGUUAUGUAGCAUUUUAGCCAUAAGUCCUCCCCAUGAACAUUUUAUUUGCUGCUGCUUCUGCUACUCUCAGUAGUAGCAGAUGUCGUAUUGUGAUGCGGAAAGACCUCACAGUAAUCACUGACCUCUUAUACAUGGAUAUUGAACCGCUACGUAAUUUUCUAUUUAGUAAUAUUACUUCAGUAUUCCCAGUCAACAAGCAAUGUUGUCCAUAACUUAGCCUUUUCUGCUUUGUUUCAUUCAGGACACCAAUUAAGAAGCUUCCUUUCACUCAGGAAGUACAGGAACAUUGAAUUCUCUUUUUUUAUAUUAUUAUUAUUAUUAUUAUUAUUAUUAUGCAGGGGUGCUGCGUAAUGCAAUUUGUUAAGAGAACUGGAAGUUUUGAGAAUGUCUUAAUUUUUCCAACCUGUACAGUAUUAUAAUUUUUCAAUUCCUUAAUUCAUGAUGAAUUAUAAAGUUGCCCUUAACACAGAAUUUAUAGGAAUAACAUUUCAAUAUCUAUUUGUUUUCUACUUCAGUGGUGUGUUUAUUAAGAUGGCACUUUGGAACUAGCAGUCAACCUUAGGAUUUAACCCAGAGUGGUCUUUAUGUUUUAUGUAUCAAGUAGGAAUGCCCUAGAACUAGGCCCUGUUGGCCUGUUGACCUCAUUGGAACAUUAAUCACUCAAGCUCUGGUUCCAGUUUGUACUUCAUUCUGAAAUAAUAGGCUGGAGCUGUAAUUCUGCAGUGGUUAGUUUCAGUGUUACAUUAUUUUAAUCACCCUACACAUACAUAAAUGUAUUGAGUAUGUAAAGUAUAUCCAAGCAUGGUUUAUUCUUAUUUUUUCAACUUUUAACCGAGGUGUUGUGAAUGAGAAAUAAAUUUGCCAGGCAAGCAUAAUAUUAUGUAGUUAAAUACUUGUGUUGUCAGCUUUUUGUGCGUCUGAACACAUGCCCUGCUCUUUUGUACUCUAGUGAAAAGUAACUCAAUCACUCAUCACUCUUUAUUUAUAAUGAGCUUUUCAGUGCUAAUACUCUACCCAAACAAAUUUUCCUAAAGUAAUAAUACAAUAGCAUGCCAGAAACUCCUGUAACUGCAUCAAUAGUUCUGGAUCCAGCUGGAACUUCCAGGUUCGUUGCAUCCCUGGUGUUGAGCCAUCAGGUAACAAGAAUCCCUUGGACUGAAAAGACACCUCUACAGUAUGUACUUCAUGUCUGUACAUGGUCCGAAGAUUACUUAAACCUGUUUGUUAAAGACAGCAUUAUACUCCAUACAUGCAAAACAAAAGCAAUGCAAAGUUCUCAUUUGACAAGUAGUGCAGUGAUUAUUCUGCAUGCCAAAAGAAUUGUAUUUAUAGUGAACACUACACAUAGAAGAAACAUGAGUGGGUGACAACACAAGAUUCCUGAAGUUGAGGGAAGGUUGGGUGGAACUAGUGCAAGUGGGUGCUUGGCUAUACUUUGUAAUUUUUUUGUUUUAUUUAAUUUAAUUCUUAUACUUACCCAGUAAGUAUUUGAUCAUGUGUACCUAACUCAUUGAAUCAUUCUAUAUUUAAAGUCUUUCCAAGCUAGUCCUAAA